AUGGAGCUAAAUGGAGCUAAAGUUCCAGUCUGGUCACUUUCUAUGUGGAGCUUGCAUGUUCUCCCUUUGGCAAACCAAUUCCCUAAAUCUUUCCUCUGGGGUGUUGGUACAGCAGCUUUUCAGACAGAAGGAGCUUUGGACUGGAAUGGUAAAGGACCUUCUAUCUGGGACCAUUUCAUUCAUUCUCCAGACUUCAGAUAUAAUGAUGCGAGUUCAAACAGUUAUACAUUGUGGGAUAAGGACUUGGAAGCACUUAAGUACCUGGGAGUAAAAUUCUAUCACUUCUCCAUUUCAUGGCCAAGACUUUUUUCUGAUGGAAUAGCAAAUGUUGUGAACGUAAAAGGUUUGACUUACUACAACCACCUGAUUGACUCCUUGAGAGAGGAAAAGAUUGAACCAGUUGUUACAUUGUACCAUUGGGACCUACCCUUAGCACUCCAGCUCAAUUAUGGGGGAUGGAAAAAUGAGUCCCUAAUUGAUUUUAAUGACUAUGCAGCCUUUUGUUUUCAGGCAUUUGGGAAUCGUGUCAAGUACUGGCUUACAAUUCACAAUCCCUAUCUGAUUGCAUGGCAUGGCUAUGAAACAGGUAUACAUGCCCCUGGGGAGACUGCAGACUCUUCGGCUGUCUUCAAAGCAGCGCACAAUCUAAUCAAGGCCCAUGCAAAAGUAUGGCACACUUACGAUCGUCACUUUCGUCACACACAACAUGGUUUUGUGUCUCUCACUUUAGGCUCACACUGGGCUGAGCCGAAGAAAGGAAAUCUUAAUGAUUUCACUAUUGAAAGCUGCCACCAGUCGGUGCAAGCAGUACUGGGAUGGUUUGGAAAACCAGUCUUCGGGGAUGGUGACUACCCUACUGUGAUAAAACAGAAGAUUAAGCAUUGGAUGCCAUCCUUCACAGCAAGUGAGAAAAAAUACAUUAGGGGAACUGCUGACUUCUUUGCUUUUUCAUUUGGACCUAAACUUUACGUCCCAAGUACUUUUGUAAAAUAUGGUCAGCCAGAUUCUCUAAGCAUAAGGCAGGCUCUGAACUGGAUAAAAUUGGAAUACAACAAUCCCAGAAUUCUUAUUGCGGAAAAUGGAUGGUUUACAAACAGUAAUAUUAAGACCGAAGAUACAAGCUCUAUCUUUUUGAUUAAAUGGUUUCUUAAUGAGAUUUUGCAGGCUAUCAUUCAUGAUGAUGUGAAGGUGUUUACCUAUACUGCCUGGUCCUUGGUGGAUGGCUAUGAAUG